AUGAUUGUCCUCUGUGUUUUCCUCGUAGUUUGCUGUAAUUUAGUCCAGGGUCAGUUCCCACGGGCCUGCACCACAGCUUCCACAUUUCGGACCAAAUCCUGUUGCCCUCUUUGGAAGGACGUCAGCCCCUCUGGGUCCAGCUCGGGCCGUGGCAGAUGCCGUAACCGGGUUGUGUUUACGCCCUUUGCAGCCGGCCAAGUACGCCAAUAUGAUGAUGACCGCUUGGACUGGCCAAAAUAUUACUAUGACAAAACCUGCGAGUGCUUUGGUAACUACAGCGGCUACGACUGCGGUGACUGCAAGUACGGGUACUUCGGAGAAAAAUGUGACCGCAAAAAUACUGUUGUGCGGAAGGAAAUUCGAGAACUUUCUUUGCUCGAAAGGAAAAGAUUCUUCAGCUACCUAGUGCUGGCCAAAACCACCAAAAGUCAGGACUUUGUCAUCCUGUACACCGGAGACCGCCAUCACAUCACAAGGACACGUACCGCUUUGUUGAUGCCACCAUCUAUGAUGUGUUUUCCUGGAUCCAUUACUACUCUAUAA